AUGCGUCUCUUGCUGCUGCUCCUCGCGGUGAUUACGGUAGUCGCCGGGUGCUGGGUUGGUGACUGUAAUGGGCAGUUGAAGCUAGGAAAUGUCCAUCCGAAACCGGGCCACAGCUGCGCCUUCGACACUGAUUGCCCUCCGGGCCAUGCUUGCCUGAUGUUCAGGGGCCAUGGUCAGUGCUCGGGCGAUAGAAAGAGC